AGAGCGAGAGAGAGAGAGAGAAGGGGAAUCGUACCCCCUCCUGACUCAAGGGUGUGAGAGAGAGGGUAGGCAGGAGAAAGGGGAGAAGAGGAUGGGAAGAAGGAGGAAGGAAAAGAAAGGAGAGGAAGGCAGGCAGGAUAAUCGCGUCGCACUCACGAACAUCCUGCACCUCCUGUUGUUGUGUAGAAAGGAGAGGGGGGACAUACGAGAGUCGGAGAAACAGAUGCCCAACCAAUGAUUGGCGAAUGGCCCGCGACCGGGCGUCCCCUAUUGGCGGGAAGCGCGGGGCCCAAAGGCCUGCAUUGGUCAGGCAGCACGUGCGGGCCACCUGCACCUGGCCGGUGGGGUGAACUGUUAUAAAAGGCCCAGACGUACCCCCCUGCUAGUCAGAUACCGGCUUGCAGCCGAACAGUUUCCACAGCUAGCAACGCUUACACGUUCUUCCGAGUAUCAUACGCUCGAGUUUACCCGCCAGUCGUUUGUUCCUUGUUUUCUUCCCUUCUUUCUUUCAUUGUUUUUCGCUCCCUUUUUUCUAUUCCUCCGUCCUACGAGCGUUUGUCAGCUCGUUUGAUUUCGGUUGAACAGUCAGUUCAGUUUAGUUCGUACCGCGAACUUUGACAUUCCUCCUCUUCGGAAGGAAGGAGAUCGUUCGCGCGUUCGUCACGAGAAAAGUGGAUUCUACGAAGAAAAGGACCGAUCAGGACUUUUCCUCAUCAUCGGCAGUGUGUCGCAGUGCAGUGAUCACGUACCGCCAGUUUGACAGUUUGUGGUUUGUGUGAUCUGUGCCGGUUUGAAAACCACUGGAUUAACAGCGGUGUCCGAAAGUUCAGUCAACGCGAAGCUUUCUUCUACGGUGAACACGUCAGCCAGAGACAAUCAAAAUGUUGGUCGAAGAAGUGCCGAGAAGCUUCGUUAAGAAGAACAAUAGUUACAGUCACUGUCCACUCAAGAAACGGCCAGUGCACGUCCUGCCCACCGAAGAAGUACCAGAAGUGAUCAAAGAGGAAAUCAUCGACGUCGUGAUGGACGACAUCCCCGAGCCGGAGAAUCUGAGCACAAAGCCAGAGGAUCUGAGCAGAACGGCGGAACGACAGCACCAGCAACAGCACCAGGAGCCGGAGCACCGCGUUUCCAGGUCUCCAUCGCCAGUUGCCAAUGUCGCUUCCUCGUCGUCCCCGUUGGUAACCAGGCCGGCCUCUCCAACGAUGCACGGUCACGUGCAUCCCAUACGGCUGCAUCAUCACCACUAUCCGCCCAAAACGAUCACUCCACCGGCAGGUAUCGCGCCGAUCCAUCCAGUGGCGAAAAAGGCGCGAGUGGAGGUGUUGCAGCACGACAACUCGUCGUCGACGGCAGCGGUGACAGCCACGUCGGCGCCGUUGCACUUCAUGGCGAGCAAGGCUCCUCUGCAGCCUUUAAAUCUGAACACGCCGGUCGAACCGUUGGCUCACUACGCCACCCCCGCGUGGGCUCGAACAACUCCGCUCUAUCCGUCGCACUACCUACCAUAUCCGGCGGCCUAUCACUAUCACCACGCUGGGGCAGAACUCUAUCCGUCCUACCCGAUACCAGCGUAUCCGCACUCGUCGCCGGAGCAUCACCCAUCCGUCUCGCCGCCACCGCACGGUGCCACGCUCACCUGUCCAACGAUUCAGCGGCCGAUCGCGAGAAGUUACAGUCAUUGGGCGAGUCCUGAUCACUGUGGCUUGUCGCCGACGAGUUCCUUGGGCUCCGGAUCGCUUCGAUCGCCACCGCCAGUCACGCCGGAGGAUCUGUCGUCCCCUGGCAGCGACAGCGGCAGAUCGUCCGCUGGAAGCACGUCGGCCGGCUCCGCGAUCGUCAACCCGAAGAUCGAGAAAAUCGGCGGAGUGUCCAGUGGUUCCACGGCGUCGUCCUUGUCCUCAUCUUCGUCCACCUCGUCAUCCUCUUCGUCGUCGACGUCGCCGAGGUACCAGUGCCCCGACUGCGGCAAGUCCUACUCCACUUAUUCCGGUUUGUCGAAGCACCAACAGUUCCACUGUGCGGCUGCCGAGGGCCAGGCAAAAAAGUCCUUCUCGUGCAAGUACUGCGAGAAAGUGUACGUGAGCCUGGGCGCCUUGAAGAUGCACAUCAGGACGCACACGUUGCCCUGCAAGUGCCACCUCUGCGGCAAAGCGUUCUCCAGGCCGUGGCUGCUCCAAGGCCACAUCAGGACGCACACCGGCGAGAAGCCGUUCAGCUGUCAGCACUGCAACCGAGCGUUCGCUGACAGGAGUAACCUGAGGGCGCAUCUUCAGACGCACAGUGACGUGAAGAAGUACUCGUGUACCUCCUGCAGCAAGACGUUCAGCAGAAUGUCGCUGCUGACGAAACAUCAGGAGGGCGGGUGCCCUGGCGUCGCUGUCCCUAUCGCCUACGGAUGCUGAAGUGCCAGCGAUGAACUAGCGAUUUGUGGAGUAGGAAUAUCUGAAGAAAAAUACGAUGUUCCAACGGAUGGGCCACUGGGUUGCUGAGAUCUCGGAGAAACGUUCUUCGAGAAAAUGUACGCGGUGUGAUCGUCCCGACUAGAGGAGUCCUCCUCGGAUUCCUUCGACACGUUCCUUACUUCUUUCUCUUUUUCUUUUUCUGCAAUAAAACAUCUAGUACUUUGUUAAACUUGUUCGAUCGAUGAAGUGCCUUACGGAGUACAAAUAAAUAAUAACGAUUAGAAAUAGGACGAUCAGAAGAAUCAGCGAAGGGUUCGGUUUCUCGAUGGGUUCGUGUUCGACACGCUGAGAGAACUACGGUGACGGACCGUAUAUAGAGUACCUGGGAUUUCCAUUAAAAUUCAUGUUCGUGGACACGACGCGCGAGUUUUGAACAAGAUCGUCGAUAUGACACGCGUCGCGUCGAGCAACCGAAUUCAAAACUUCCAGAACGACGACGAAUUCUCUCGAAGGGUCGUGGAGAAGAAAGGAAAAAAAAAAAUCGGAUCGUUUCCCGAUUCCGAUGGUUGUGCAUUUUUUAUUUCUCUUUGCUUGCUCGAAAUCCCUUCGUCGUCCCAUUGUAAAUAGUCUCGUUGUGUGCGUGUGAUGACAAUCGGCGAGAAUGGGCUUCAGCGAAACUGUACUUAGAAGACGAUUCGAAUGAAAUUUCGCCGAAGACGAAACGGGAAAAUGGAUGAUAAAAGAGAGUCGAUGCCCCAACCGCUUGACGCGGUCCCGUGAAGCAA